GUCAUUCAUGUUGUUGGUGGAGGAGCUCAAAAUAUGGAGGAAAGAGAGUUGUAACAGGGAAAAUUAGACAUUUCAUCCCCCCAAAAUAUUAUUAAACCGAUUAAGAAGUGUAACGGUCGAAAAGGCAAUCUCCGAGCAGCGAAAAGGAGAACGACAAUCAGUGGGAUUGAUUUGAAGAAGGGGAGGAGCCUACUGAUCCACCAUACCUCUGGACUAAAGUCAUGGCUGACUCCGAAGACCCACUUUAGAACCUUCAGUCCAUUCCCAAAUACACACUGGCCCUAAGGCUUUAUUAUCCUAAUUCUUAGUACCUUCAACUUGACUGAGUUUUGGAACAACAAAGACCACUAACGCAAUCAUCUCUGGCUUCUCCGUUCAUCAUUUCUGCUAACACCACAGACAAAUCACACUGACAUUCUUCAAAGACAAAAUCAAUGAUGAGUGAACUCCUUAGUCGGGUGGCAAUUACAGCUAGGUGAUAGCUGUGGAGGUGAAGACAACUCUCCCCUCGGGGAUGCAGAGCCCUGUGGGCGGCAGUGAGCAGGGUGUUGGCGGUGGCGGCGGUCCCGUGGACCUGAGGACAGAUCCCAGACUGGGACCCCUGGGCGGAGGAGGUGGAGGGGUGGACCCAGCCAUGAGGGAGCAGCAACUGCAGCAUGAACUGCUCCUCCUCAAGCAGCAGCAGGAGCUUCAGAAACAGCUCCUCUUUGCUGAGUUCCAGAAGCAGCAUGAGGUGCUGACACGCCAGCAUGAGGUUCAGCUGCAGGAGCACCUGAAGCAGCAGCAGGAGAUCCUGGCGGCCAAGCGGCAGCAGGAGCUGGAGCAGAAGAGGAAGCUGGAGCAGCAGAGGCAUGAAGAGCUGGAGAAACAGAGGCUGGAGCAGCAGCUCCUCAUGCUACGCAACAAGGAGAAGGGCAAAGAGAGUGCCAUUGCCAGUACGGAGGUGAAGCUGAAGCUCCAGGAGUUCCUCCUGAGCAAAAAAGAGCCUGGUGCACCUGGCGGACUAAACCAUUCCUUCCCCCAGAAAUGCUGGGGGGCCCACCACACCUCUCUGGACCCCAACUCCCCCCCUCAGAGUAACACUCCGGGAACGCCGCCCUCGUACAAACUGCCCCCGCUACUGGGGUCCUACGAGGUCAGGGAUGAUUUCCCUCUCCGGAAGACUGCCUCCGAGCCCAAUCUGAAGGUGCGUUCGCGGUUAAAACAGAAGGUAGCAGAGAGGCGGAGCAGUCCUCUGCUGAGGAGGAAGGACGGGACAGUGAUAAGCACCUUCAAAAAGAGAGCCAUCGAGAUCUCUGUGUCCUCCAUGUGCAGCAGUGCCCCUGGCUCCGGGCCCAGCUCGCCCAACAGCUCCAACAGCGCCAUCGCAGAGAACGGCUCCAGCGGCUCCGUCCCCAACAUUCACGCAGAGCAGCUGCGGUCCCUCCACCAGACCCUUAACGCCGAUGGGACAGUCAGUCCGCUGAGCCUCUACACAUCCCCCUCGCUGCCCAACAUCUCCCUGGGCCUACCAGCCAACUCGCACCUCACCGCCAAUCAGAAGCUGUUGCAGGAGGCGGAGAGGCAGGCCAUCCAGACCAUGCGUCAGGGUGGGGCUCUGACGGGCAAGUUUGUCAGCACCUCGUCCCUGCCGGCAUCAUGCCUGCCACCUGGGAUGCAACACGACUUAGAUUCCACCCAGGCCCCCAACAGCCACAGCAGUCACUCCUCCCUACUGCAACACGUCCUCCUGCUGGAGCAGGCCCGCCAGCAGAGUGCCCUCCUCUCAGUCCCCAUGUACGGUCAGUCGCCGUUGGUGACGGGGGACCGGGUGUCCAACAGUAUGCGCACGGUGAACAAGUUACCACGCCACCGGCCCCUGAGCCGCACACAGUCUGCACCCCUCCCCCAGAGCCCCCAGGCCCUGCAGCAGCUCGUCAUGCAGCAGCAGCACCAGCACUUCCUGGAGAAGCAGAAGCAGUACCAGCUCAACAAGAUUCUGUCAAAAGGGGUGGAGCUUCCUCGCCAACCGCCCACCCACCCCGAGGAGACGGAGGAGGAGCUCACAGAGACGCAGGAGAUGCAGGAGGAGGGGGCAGGGUCUGAGCGUCUGGGGGAGGGGCGUCCUCAGGAGCAGAGGCUCCAGAAGGAAGAGUCGGGGGAGACGUCGCCCCCUUCAGAACGCCUGCUGACCCCCCUGAAGGGCGAGAGCACAGAGAGCGACCUGGAGGAAGAGGAUGAUGAAGACGAGGCCAUCGAGCUGAGGGAGUGUGAUGAGGAGGGCGUACCUUACGGCCAACAUCACCUGCAACAGCUCAAUGUGUUCCAGGCAUCCCUGUCCAUUUCGGGCAUGCCCCACAGACCUCUGGGAAGGGCCCAGUCCUCCCCUGCCACUGCCAGCAUCAAGGGGGCUCCCAUGGGUGAGGUCCCCAUCAAGCACCUCUUCACUACAGGGUUGGUGUACGACACCUUUAUGCUGAAGCACCAGUGUAUGUGUGGGAACACCCACAUCCACCCAGAGCAUGCCGGCCGCAUCCAGAGUGUCUGGUCCCGGCUGCAGGAGACUGGGCUCCUGGGCCGCUGUGAGAGGAUUCGGGGGAGGAAGGCCACGUUGGAUGAGAUCCAGACUGUGCAUUCAGAAUACCACACCCUGCUGUAUGGCACCAGUCCCCUCAACAGACAGAAACUAGACAGCAAGAAGCUCUUAGGUCCAAUCAGUCAGAAAAUGUAUGCUGUAUUGCCCUGUGGAGGCAUUGGGGUGGACAGUGACACUGUGUGGAACGAGAUGCACUCCUCCGGCGCUGUCAGAAUGGCUGUUGGCUGCGUCAUCGAGCUGGCUUUCAAAGUGGCCGCCGGGGAACUGAAGAACGGUUUUGCCGUGGUGCGUCCACCAGGCCAUCACGCUGAGGAAUCCACUGCCAUGGGCUUCUGCUUCUUCAACUCAGUGGCCAUCACAGCCAAGCUGCUACAGCAGAAACUAGGAGUGAGCAAGAUCCUCAUCGUGGACUGGGACAUUCACCAUGGUAACGGGACACAGCAGGCUUUUUACAACGACCCCAAUGUACUUUACAUUUCCAUGCAUCGCUACGACGAUGGAAACUUCUUCCCCGGCAGUGGGGCUCCUGAAGAGGUGGGGGUUGGACCUGGUGUUGGCUUCAACACAAACAUCGCUUGGACAGGGGGCGUAGAACCGCCCAUGGGUGACGUGGAGUACCUGACUGCCUUCAGGACGGUGGUGAUGCCCAUAGCCAACGAGUUCUCCCCUGACGUGGUCCUAGUGUCCGCUGGGUUUGAUGCCGUGGAGGGCCACCAGUCCCCUCUGGGAGGAUACAACGUCACUGCUAAAUGUUUCAGCCACCUCACCAAGCAGCUGAUGAAGCUGGCAGGGGGACGUGUGGUCCUGGCGCUAGAAGGAGGUCACGACCUCACGGCCAUCUGUGACGCCUCCGAGUCCUGCGUGGCGGCCCUGCUCGGCGAUGAGUUGGACCCCCUGCCACAGGCUGUCCUGCAACAGAAGCCCUGUCCAAAAGCUGCUGCCUCUCUGGAGAGGGUCAUCGAGAUACAGAGUAAACACUGGAGCUCUCUCCAAAGGUUGGCUCCCACGGUGGGCCAGUCCUUAAUGGAUGCCCAGCGGAGAGAGAAGGACGAGGCCGACACGGUCACCGCCAUGGCAUCGCUUACCGUGGAUACUGAGCAGGCCGCCGCUUCCACCGUCUCCACGGAGACCAGCAGGUCUACAGAAGAGCCAAUGGAAGAGGAGCCUGUCUUGUAGGAGGAAACGGGGAGUUGUCACGACAGCGCAACACCUUUGUCUCCAAGUCCUUCGGCACUAGCCUUCUCCUGUCAUCCUCUCCUCUUUCCAGCUCUCGCCUCACCUUUUUCCAUUUCCUGAGGAAUGAUGGACUUGUACUAGCCUCCCUUUCCAACUCACUGAGGUGAGUUUGUUAAAGUGUGUGUGUGUGGGAGAGGAGAGGCGGGAACACACAGACCUAAAGAGGGCAGCGGCGGAUAUCCGUGAUUGGUGGAAAAGCAGGAAGAGGCGGUACCUUUUGAGGAGCCUGUGUGUCUUGCUUUUUUCUUUUGAAUCUUUUUUUGUAAGCAGAAGGCAGUGGAUCCAGGAGGGUACCUCGGCUCUGGGGCCCAAGAAGCUUUGUACAUUUCUUGUCAUACUUUAUACUUUUCAGGAACAUUAGAACUGAAAAAGCCAACAAGCAGCAAAAAUAUUUCAACAGUCACAAAUACACUCAAACACACCCGCAUUAUAUUAUACACACUAAGUUCCCGACAGCGGAACAACAAUGGGGUUGUAUCAAUGAAUAAUGCUCUUCCUUUCAGAGCAUGCGGACCUCUGUUCCUAUUUUGUCUGUCGUUUGGUAUUAUCGUGCGUCUAUUCAAUAAUCUGUUCAAAGAAGCACACAAACAUAUGAUAUGUAUAUUUGUGUGUGUGUGUUUAUAUAUAUAUAUAUAUAUAUUACACACUGUAUAUUCCUUUCACUGUAUCCGAUAUCAGCUGUGGUUGUGGAGGUCGAGCUGUUGAUCCUGCCAAGGGGGACUUACUGGCUGAAGGAGACAACAUAUCUCUCCAAUACAGCCUUUUCUUUUUUUCUUCAGGAAGCCUCAGCUCCCUCCACUUUGUAUGGGACAGAAUGCAUUUUGAGGUGGUUUUUACCAUUCUACUUUGUUUGGACUAUCAAAAAAGGACACAUGCAUACCCAGAAUCAAAUUUACCGCUUGGUGCAAUGGAAGGCCAUGGAUUGGACGAGGAAGGAUUUUGUGGAAUAAUGCUUAGAUUAUAAACUUUUGUCUCACGCUUGCUGCUGCGACUGCGAGACUUGUGGUGGUCAUGAGACUGGAGAAUUACGUUUUUAGAAGAACUUGGUGCCUUUAUAUUAAAUAUCCCUGUUAACACCAACUACACCACCACUUAGCAGAACACAGGACAGAAAGACAAAUCCACACACUUGUUACACUCAUGUCUGUUUUGUAUAUAUUUGUUUGCUUGUUUGUUUCUUUCAAAAUGCCUUAAUUUCCUCCAGAGAAUGCACCAUUUUAGCUAUCUCCGCAGAGAUGGGAGUAGAAUCCUAUGUACUCUUUCUGGGUUUGUGUAAUACUCUAGGUCAAAGGUCAGUGUGGCCUUAACAACUGAGGUUUUUUUGCGUCCUUUAUCAAUCCGGACCCGUACAUAUGCGGCUGACGGUAUGAUUGUGAGGAAAUUUGAAUGCUACAACGACCAACUUUCUUUGCUAUGUCACUUCCUGUCACUUGUAAAUACUGCAUCCUGUUCUGCUCUGGCAAACCCCUCAACUUGAGACGGUUCAAUAACGAACUCAUUGUUUUUCCAAUUAUUUAGAGAGGAAGGACUGAACAUGGUCACUUUUUUGUAAAAAAAAAUUGUUUUAUUUUGUAAAAAAUCAAAUCUAAGAUGUAUAUGAAUAAUGACAAUAAGUGUUUAUCAAAUUGGGUAUGAAUAUUACAUUUGAGAAGAGUAAAAAACAAAAAAAACAUUUAAUGUUAAAGCCACCUAAGCACACAUUGUGUUAGAUUUGCUAUCAAUGUUUUGUCCUUUUUUCUAAGUGCCAUUUGUUUUUUCCACACAAAAAACAAAGACAACAGAAAUUGUGAUUUGGUGACAUGUGGAUUAAUCUCAUUUGGCAAAUAAUCAUGAGCAAGCACCACUUUAGAUGUUUACACUGCAAUACCCCAAUCCCUCAACUGUUGCCCACUUGUCAGUUGUCAUAAACCCCUUGUUUGACUUAGUGUCCAGGUGCUGUGUUAUCUGGUCUCUGUUGUUGUCAUCAAUAUUUAUAUUUCUCAAUCAAUGAAAAGUGUUUGCACUUGACACAUGAUCAAACAAAUUAAAUACUAAGAUGUCUUUGUCCCACUGAAAAAUAUAUUUUCCAAUCUAUCAUCAUGCUUGAGGAAUUCAUACAAAUCAAGUAUAUCUACUAGAGAAUGGUAACCGACACCUCCCUUAAAGACAUGCUCCGGAACUUUGGCGACUACUAAGUAUUUUUUUAAACCUCCGGCUUUAGGCAGGAUGUGUCAAUGUGUAGUUCAUGCAUGCAUAAUCUAUGAGCAGAUUACUGUCUUACCUCAAUUAGCUACGCAAUCCCUAGUUUAAAAGCCACUUAUUGGGGGGAUGCUGUGCUGCAGCAUUUUCCUUAUUUUCCCCCACUUGGGCCAGCCCCCUAGCAAUUUGAGUAAAACCAAUGAGCUUCUGCCCCUCGUCAGCUAGCGAAAUGUACAUGGUACACCAACAGCAGAGAAAGAGAGAUCAAUGACAUGGUGCACAUAUCUGCGCAUAUGUGACGUAAUACACAAUUGUUGGGGGACACUUUUUGCUCGUUGGCACAACUUUCAGAGCUACCGGUUAAAAAGUACCGGAGAAUCUCUUUUAACCAGCAUACUCUCAGCAGAUAAUGUGUGGUGCAGAGCUUGUCUACAUUGAUAAUUUUGUUUUAUUUCAAACAAUGUAACAUAACACUGACCAAGUCUUCUGCAUCUGUCCUCUUUAUUGAGGUAAACUAUCAUUAAGGAAUAGGUUAUUUCUAGUUUUUCCCUGUAACGAUAUAUUUAAUUCUCUACCUGUCCACUCACCAUCGUAAGGUACUUUUGUCCCUUUGUCACACAACUGUAUAUUGAACUUUUCUACAUACUGUAAUAACUAUACAGUGGCGACGUUUUCAUGAACGUUAAAUGGGUGUCAACGCCUAACUCUCUCACUAGUUACCCUUUUUCAUAUGGAACACAAAGGGCUAGCCGAGUUCAAUACAAAAUGUAAGUUUGUAUUAGAGGUUUUCAGCCCUGUCAUUUGAAGUCUAUAUGACUCCAUGUCCAUCUCAAGUAGAUCAAGCGUUAUGCUCCAAUCCCAAAUGAAUGGGAAAGUUGGACACUGGCACUGUCUAAAAUGUUGAAAUCAGAUAAUCUUUCCCAUUUUAUUUGGGAUUCAAGCAUACAGUGCUAUCGGAAAGUAUUCAGACCCCUUGAUUUUUUUUGUUAUGUUACAGCCUUCUAAAAAUGUAUUUAAAAAAACAAAUUCCCACCAAUCUACACACAAUACCACAUGAUGACCAAGCAAAAACUUGUCUUUUUAGAAUUUUUGCAAAUGUAUCUCAAAUAAAAAAACAGCAGCACCUUAUUUACAUAAGUAUUCAGACCUUUUGCUAUGAGACUUGAAAUUGAGCCUGUUUCCAUUGAUCAUCCUUGAUGUUUCUACAACUUGAUUGGAGUCCACCUGUGGUAAAUUCAAUUGAUUGGACAUGAUUUGGAAAGGCACACACCUGUUAAAAAUAUGGUCCCACAGAUGACAAUGUAUGUCGGAGCAAAAACCAAGCCAUGAGGUCAAAGGAAUUAUCCGUAGAGCUCUGAGACCGGAUUGCGUCGAGGCACAGAUCUGGGGAAGGAUACCCAAAAAAUUAUUCAGCAUUGAAGGUCCCCAAGAACACAGUGGCCUGCAUCAUCCUUAAGUGGAAUAAGUUUGGAACCACCAAGACUCUUUCUAGAGCUUGCCGCACAGCCAGACUGAGCAAUUGGGGGAGAAGGGCCGUGGUCAGGGAGGUGACCAAGAAACCGAUGGUUCCUCUGUGGAGAUGGGAGAACCUUCCAGAAGGACAACCAUAGCACUCCACCAAUCAGGCCUUUAUGGUAGUGGUCAGAUGGAAGCCACUCCUCAGUGAAAGGCAAAUGACAGCCCGCUUGGAGUUAGCUAAAAGGCACCUAAAGACUCUCAGACCAUGAGAAACAAGAUUCUCUGGUCUGAUGAAACCAAGAUUGAACUCUUUGGCUUGAAUGCCAAGCAUCACGUCUGGAGGAAACCUGGCACCAUCCCUACGGUGAAGCGUGGUGGUGGCAGCAUCAUGCUAUGGGGAUGGUUUUUAGUGGCGGUGACUGGGAGACUAGUCAGGAUCGAUGGAACGAUGAACAGCACAAAAUACAAAGAUCCUUGAUGAAAACCUGCUCGAGUGUGCGCUGGACAUCAGGCUGGGGUCAAGGUUCACCUUCCAAGCACACAGCCAAGACAAUGCAGGAGGGGCUUCGGGACAAGUCCAUGAAUGUCCUUGAGUGGCCCAGCCAGAGCCUGGAUUUGAACCCGAUCGAACAUCUGGAGAGACCUGAAAAUAGCUGCGCAGCGACGCUCCCCAUCCAACCUGUCAGAGCUUGAGGCUCUGCCGAGAAGAAUGGGAGAAAUUCCCCAAAUACAGGUGUGCCAAGCUUGUACUGUCAUACCCAAUAAUACUCAAGACUGUAAUUGCUGCCAAAGUUGCUUCAAUAAAGUACUGAGUAAAGGGACUGAAUACUUAUGUAAAUGUGAUUUACGUUUUAUUUUUUUAAUGUAUAAUCUUAUCUGUUUUUGCUUUGCCAUUAUGGGGUAUUGUGUGUAGAUUGAGGGGGGGGGGGACCAUUUAAUAAAUGUCAUAAGGUUGUAAUGUAACAAAAUAUGGAAACGGUGACGCCGUCUAAUAACUUUCCAAAUGCACGUUACAGCUGGAGCUACUUAACCAAUGGUGUGGGACUUGGAAUCAUGUUGACAUUGGAGCACCUUUGAGGUCUGAAACUUUGAAUGGUGAGUGAACUACCCCUUUAACGUCAUAGCUCCCGUUGUCAUACCGACCAUGGUUUGCUCUUUGUGUUCUCCAGUGGUACUACUUCCCAGACGGAGCACAUGUGACCUGAUGUCACAGAAAAAACAGGCAUUCGCCAUUUGAACGAACUCUAAUCACGGUGUUGUCACAAUCAUGUCACCAGAGUAGGAAUUGAAACACUCUACACUUGCGAAAUUGUUGGUGGAUGCCACUGUACUCACAUAUGUAAUGUACACAGUAGUUCCUACUUCCUUUUACAUGUGGCUAUGGUGUGGGGGGUGCUUUCAGUACAUGUGACUACUGUGACCUUGUUUUAUGUUUUGAUGUAGAUCAUUGACCUUUUGAGAUUUGGUGCAUAGUUUUGUACCUCCACCUUGUAUGGCAUAUAAGGGUUAUUGGGCUGUCCUGUAGGUGAGAUGGCAUGACAGAAUUACCCAUUUUUCUUUAAUUGAACUGAUGUGUGUUUUGGAGGUCAGAGCUUUUUUCCUGUGGGUAUAUUGGAGGGGCAGCAAAAAACAACACUCAAAUCAAGAAAGUCUACUCUGAAUAAAGGGAUGUUUUUGUGUGUUGCCUUAGACAAAACAACUACUACAAGUGGCAACCAUGCAAAUUAAACAGAUACUGGAAGACAUCCAAGUUUGUAAAUUAUAUCGACUUAUCCACCAUUGAAGAUAGCUUUAUUGUUGCUGCCACACUAUUUUGCUAUUCAGUAAAUAAUGUAUAUUUAUUGAUAUUUCAUACGUUGUGUAUAUGUAGUAACCUAUGAUCGUCAAGGUUCAAAGAGUAAUUGUAUAUUUUUUGACUUUGGAAAGAGAAGUGUGUCUCUUACAUUGUCCUUCCACUGCGCUGGUGUUUCAAUCUCCACUUUCUGUGGUUGGAUGUUUGAAUAUGUGACCGUCUUUUACCUUAUAUUUUAAAUAUAUUCUUUAUCUCUUCUGGUCAUAACUAAUGCAGACGUUUUGAAUUGAUCAAAGCACAUUCCUUAAUUUCAUGUAUUCUUUCAAAUGCUUUCCUGUUGCGACAAUACAAAUGUGUUUAUACUAAUUGCUACUCACGUGUAUAAGUGCAUAUAUGUGUACACAUGUGCAAUACACGCUAUUUGAACAAUCUAUUACUGUGACUAUUAUGGAUGAAAAUCGCUGUCCCUAAGAAUUUUUUUCAUGAGUUGCAUUGUGCACAACGCCACCUUGUGGGUUAGCAAGGAUCUUAAAGGGAAUGUUGAGUCUGAUUACUGUUUUAUUUCAGGUUUUGUGUAAAUUUUAAAGCCCUUUUUUAUUACUCAUUGUAAUGUUGUGACAUCCUAUUUGAGUAAAUAUUUUUUAAAGUGGGCCUGUUAAUUGUCUGAAACUCAAUAAAGCGAUUCACUGCUCCAAUACAAAGAGGAGUACAAAUA